AUGGAGCACCAACAGACCCUAGGAAUGACCAGAACCCUCAGCGCCUGCCUGCUCAAUGGAAAGAUGCAGAACGGGGGGGACUCUGGGACGGGGGGAGCCAAGGCUUCCAUGACUAGCUAUGGGGGGGAGGUGGUGGGGAGCAGGGGGGCUCAGACACAGGCCAGCCACAGACACAUGGAGGGUGGGGGGAACAUUCGCUGCACCAAGGAAGGGGUGAGCGGCGAGAUGAGGAUCAGUGAGCAGCCUUCGGACUGUCUGGAGGGGAGGGGCCAGAUGCUCCACCACGCCCUUCCCUACUCUGUGGCGCCGCCCCUGCAAAUGGGUUCAGCCGCUGGGGGAGGCCACCCCCACCUCCACCCCCACCACCACUCUCACCCGCAUCCGGGGGGGUUCCACUGCCUUCAGCUCCACCCCAGCCAUCCCCACCACCCCCACACACACCACCACCCGGACUUCUUCUGCCCGCCUCCACCUGCCCCUCUAACCAACCCCUCGCCGCACGAGAGGGGAGGGGGAGGGGGGCGAGACCCCAAAGUGACAGGGCCCACGUUCAUACCAUCUGUAGGGGGAGGACACCUGGGGGACAAGUCCAGCGGGCAACCCUUCCAGAUGGGCACCCCAACCGACUGCCAGGGGUUGGUGGGUGGGGGCGGCAGUGCCAAGGAUAAGGCCAUGGAGAAGAGUAACUGGCACAGGAAACAGCAGCAGCAGCUGUACAGAAAGGCUGAGAAGACCCCGGACUGGAUGCAGCAGCAGAGUCACCACCCCCAACAACCCCAUCCCCAACAACCCCUUCCCCAGCAGGCCCAGCCCCAACAGCUCCAACAGCCCCAACAGCCCCAUCCCCAACAACCCCUUCCCCAGCAGCCCCAGCCCCAACAGCCCCAGCCCCAACAAACCCAGCCCCAACAGCCCCAGACCCAACAACCCCAGACCCAACAACCCCUUCCCCAGCAGCCCCAGACCCAGCAGCACCAAGCCGUGCGUUCUCGCAGCGUCGAAUGCAUCAAUAGCGUGGGAGUGGACACCACCGAUGUGUUCAGAGACUGCUCCCUCCCGGGCCCCCUGCCCAACGCCUCACCCCUGGGGGGUCGAGGAGGUGCAGGCGGUGGUGCUGGAGGUGGGAGUUGUUCUUUACAGAGAGAUGGUCAGAAGGUGGCCCGUAUUCGCCACCAGCAGCACGGUGGGCCUGGCCCGGACGCCCCAGCAGCAGAGCUGAACCAGAACAACAAACAGAACCAGGACCUGAACAGGAAGCUAGAGAUGUCCCCGUACGGCUACAGCAACAGUGGGCAGGGACAGCAGCAUCACCCCCAGCAGCCCCCGGUUCCUCCCUGGGCCAUGAGGCCUCACCACAUCCACCCUGCAGAGGAGGAGCAGCAGCGGAAGGCCUACAUGGAGUCUCUCAGUGGUGGCAGACAACAGCCCCAGCAACAACCAGGGCAAGGUAUGGGCCUCCCUCCUCAUCCUUCUCCCCAGCCCCAGCCACCUCCACCCCCAGCCCCCUCUCAGCAGCAGCAAGACCCCCAGGUCGCCUCACAGGCCCAGGAGGAGAGCAGUGCCAUGAAGAGCCUGCUGAAGUACAGCACCCAGCAGCCCCUGCUCCUCUCCCAGAAGAGUCCCUUCGGAGGCCUGGGGAGCCUCAAAUCCGCUGGUCCUGGGGGUCCUGGAGGUGGAGCCCCUGGGGUUAGCUGCACCCUGCAAGGCAGCAAACAACAACAGGCCUUGCCCACCAGGAAGGGCCCGGUCAAUGACGGCGAGCGCUCUGACUGUGGGGGGCGUGGCCGGGAGGUGGGCGAGGCGGUGGGUCACGGUGAAGGAGAGGUGCGCCAACCGCCUGUGGGCAUCGCAGUCGCCGUGGCGAGGCAGAGGGAACCGUCCUGUCGCCCGGUGGACGCCCACCCCAACAGCCGGCAGGGGCGGGUGCACCCCUCCAUGAAAGGACCUCCUCGCUCCAUGUACCCCUCAGACCCUGCAGGAGAGGAGGAGAGGAAGAGGAUGAGUGGAGAGCGGAUGGGUCUGACCUGCCUGGACCGAGACAGAGAGGCCUACAUCAGGGAUAAUAAGGAUCCAGUGGACUUCACAAGGAUCCAUCCGUCAACAGCUGUCACGGUGACAUCACCUCUCACCUCAUGGUGCCGGUCUUUUCUACAAUGGUUUUCCCUUGCAUGCACACGCCCAUCUCGGCCCACCACCAUUGGCUGCCGAGCACUGGAAGGGGUCCAUCUGGAUGACAAGCCACUCCUACGGAAUCGGCCACUCAGCCCUUCACCAGAACCUGCCCCAGGUUUUUCUGCAGCCAUGCCAGGGUCUCUACAGCCUGUGCUGCCUCUGCCUCAGGACCCGUUACCCAGCUGGUGGUGUUACCCACAGAGCCUGCUGCCCACCCUGUCACACAUCACCUGGGUUAAGAGCCUCACUAGUUUCUACGGCAACAGGAGCUGUACGCUCUCCAGCAGCAUCAACAGCAUCAUCAUCUGCAGCAGCAGCAUCAACAUCAACAGCAACAGAGUCACCAGUCACACCCCCAGCCACAACCCCACCUUCCAAACCCUACUCCUCCUACCACAGAAACACCCCCACCCAGGGGCCUGCACUGCUCACCUGUCCCCCUGCUGCCAGUCCCAGUCCCCCACCCUGCGCCCCCACCCUAAGAGCACCCCAUCCACCCCCUGCCCCGCCCCUAGCCCUGCAGCCGCCGCCCCUCGGUCUCCGGAAAUCAGUCCCGCCCCCCCACAGCUGCCAAAAGGGGCGGAGACCCAGGACAAGAGAGGAGAGGGACAGCCCCUGCAGGAUUACCCACAAUCCCUGGAGCCUGACUUGCCUCCUGGAUACACCUACCCUGCCAUCGCCAUGGGUUACAGGAGCUGCACAUCGCCCCACGAUGUCCGAUUGGCCGAGCCAGCUGACCUGGAGGCGGUUCAGGCGGAGCCUGCUGAGAAUGCUCCCCAGCCUCUCUCCAGCCUAGGGGCGGAGCUAGAGUGUCAGGCCAUGGUGAGGCCCCUCCCACACCAGGACGUGGAGGAGGAAGAGGAGGGGCAAAAGGAAGAGGAGGUGCAGAGAGAGGAGGUGGAAGCCAGAGAAGCAGCAGGCAGCUGUGGACCUCCAGAUCAGGAGCAUAGGGAGGAGCAGGAGGAGGAGGUGUCAGUGUGUCCUCCUACGGAGAGCCGUGUGUGUGACACCGCCUCCUGUCCCAUCCCUAUCCCCCUCUCUGAGGAGGAGAACCACAGAGAUGACCCCACCUCCACCCUGGAGGAGCAGGAGGAGGAAAAGUGCAAGGUGGAGAGAGGACAGCAGCAGGAGGUGGCAGGAGAACAGGAGGAGCAGGACUCCACCAUCAUCGACCUGGACCCUCCCUGCACUGCCCAACCCCACCAGGAGGCAAAUACUGAGGAGGAAGAGGAGGGAGGAGAGGAGGAGAGUACUCCUAAUGAUGACAACCACUCAGUAGAGUUGGUGUGCCUCUCCCCCUCCUCUCCCUCUCUGUGCCCCAGCCAGUCUAUCAUCACCCUCUCCACCCCCCUGAAACCCAUUGUGCCUAGUUACUGGAGCCUAGAGCUGCUGAUCGCUGCAGCCUUCUGUGCCGACGUCCCUCCGUUUCCCAUGCUGGCCUCCAGCACCCUCCAGCCCCAGGCCUGUGACACCCAUCCCUGCCCCAGCCACCCCCACCACGGCAUGGAGCUGCUCAGCGAGCUGGCCGACCUGGAGCUCCAACAGCACCGACACAACACAGGAGACAGCCAAGGAGAGGAGAUGUUGAUCUUUGACCUCCAGAGUCUUGCCACCCUGGCAGCAGCCCGUGCCUUGGAGCUGGGUGCCCAGGAGGGUAGCGGGGAGGGUGCCGGGCGGCACUACCCGGCCCGCAAGACCCUCAAUCUGCGCAGGAAAUACAGCUGGACACCUCGCCACGAACCGGCAUGCCCGGCCAAGGGCACCAUGGAGAGGAUGGAGGGUCCAGAGCUGGCCAUGCGGGUGAAGCUGGCAGAGCUCCAGAGGCGCUACAAAGAGAAACAGAGGGAGUUAGCCAAGCUACAGAGGAAGCAUGACCACCAGAAGGAGGAAACACCUCGCAGCCCUGCUCGUAGAGGACCGGGGCGGCCCAGGAAACGUAAAUCAACCCCCACCGCUGGCCCAGGCUCCUCCUCUGAGACCCAGAGGAAAGUCAAGUCGUUAGGGGCGGGACUUGGCCUGUCGCCCGAGGACCUGCUGGGAGGAGGGGGUGGGGACGCCCAGAGGAAGAAGAAGAAGCUGUCCAAUCGGGGCUUUGAGCGGCUCGGCGCGGCAGAGAUAAAAGUGCAUGGCAGUAGCAGAAAGAGUGUCCUCCACGGUGUCCUCAGCUCUAAGCUGGCCCGUGACGUGGCCCAUCAGCAGCUCAGACAGCACAAGGCCCAGGGCGGGAAGAGGACUGGGAUGGGGGCGGGACCACGGGAUAAGGAGGAGGCGGCCUCUGCAGCUAGUUCUGCCCCAAAGCACCAUGGACAUCGAGGCCAGGCCACCUCCAAGGCCGAGUCCAGACGAGUCAUCAACGAGUCCGGAGGUCAGAGUGACACAGCAGCCAGUGCAGACAGCGGCGGCCAGGAGGGCUGGACGGGGACCCCGCUGAUGAUGCGUGGGGGCAGGAGGAAUGGGAUGGGGGGAGCUCUCGGGGUCCAGGGGUCCGCACGGCUGCAGCAGCCCAGGGCCAGGGUCCUCCGAGCCAGUAGUCAGGAAGCCAUGGAGGGGGGAGAGACCUCCCCUACAGAGAGUGAAUCCUCCAACCAGGAAGACGAAGAAGAGGAAGGAAGUUAUGACAGUGACGAAGGACAAGACAUCAAAGCACAACCCUCCCGAGACGUCUCUUCAUGCUCCACUGUGACUGGUCCAUCCCCCUCGUCUGUCGUCAAGCUGGAGGCCAAUCAGAAAGCCCGGAACAAAAAAGAGAGGCAGGAACUUUACGGUUCCCAGAGUUUGUCCGGGGCAGAGGGAGAGGUGAAGGUGAGGAAGAGGGCCCCCUGUAGGCUUGGCAUGGUCACUGCAGCCAAGAAGCACCCAGAGUAUCAGGACCAGUCAGAGGGGAUGAGGAGGACCGGCGGACCCAGGUCCCAGGAGCCUCGCCGGGAGAGCCUAGGGACCCGGGGCAGCCUCUACCGGAGGACCAUGGGACCGGUCACCUUCCCCACCACCAGUGAGAGGCUGAAGAGGGCCACACGCAAGAGCACCAUGCUGAGGGGACCCAUUAACAAGAGGAGAAGUUGCUGGUCAGGCGGUGUCCAAUCACCUCAGAGUGACGACAACACUUGCAGGGGGAGGAGGAUCCGAAACAAACAGCCCAAGGGCCGUGCAGUGAGCCGUCUACUAGAGAGCAUGGCGGCGGACGAGGGCUUUCAGAUGGAUGAGGAUGAUAGCAGCUUCUCCGAGGGGGAUGAGGACAGUAACCCAACAUACCCUCACAACCCCAGGAAUCCACUAGCAGCCCCCAGCUGUGUCCUGACCAGACAGCUGCUGACAGAUGGACUCAGGGUGCUGAUCUCCAAGGAGGAUGAACUUCUCUACGCAGCCCGGGUCCACACACUGGAGCUGCCAGACAUCUACAGCAUUGUUAUUGACGGGGAGAGAGGAAACCGCCCCAGAAUCUACUCACUGGAGCAACUGCUGCAGGAAGCGGUCCUGGAUGUGCGUCCAGAGACAGAGUCGGUGCUCUCUGAGGGGACGAGGGUGUGUGCCUACUGGAGCGAACGCUCUCGCUGCCUAUACCCAGGCAACAUACGCCAAGGUGGUUCAGGGGAGGAGGGGAAGCAGGGAGGUGUAAUGGUGGAGUUUGAUGACGGAGACAGGGGGAGGAUCUCCCUCCUAAACAUCCGCCUCCUCCCCCCGGGCUACCAGAUCCACUGUGCGGAGUCGUCCCCUGCCCACCUGGUGUCUAGCGGCCGGGCGGCUCGGAGGAGCUUCAGUCUGGAAAAAGCCCCCCUGAGUGAGAGAGUCUCGGAGAGACAGGCCAGCACAGAGCCUGCCAGGAGACGACCAGGGAGACCCAAAGGUUCAGGGAAGAAGAAGAACCUGUCAGACAGCACCAAUAAGAACGCAGCCCCUCUGCUCAGCUGGCCGGCUGUGGCUGUCCCCAGGAAGAGGGCCUGUGAAAAUCUGUUCCAGCUCAACGGGACUCCCAGGAAGGGCCUGAGGGGGACGAGGGAGGCACACCUGUUCCCCCUGCCCCCGGCCCCUGUCUCUACACCGACCAAGGGCCUGUUCAGCAGCAGCUCCUUCGAGGUUGACUCCUUCAGCAGCAGCAACGGCUACUCCUCCUUCUGUAGCACCCAGCCCACCGGCAUGUCCCUGGGUUCCAGGACCGGGCCCUAUGUCCAGAGACGGAGGCCCGGCGAGGUGCCGCGGAGCAGCAGGAAGAGCAGUCAGGAGUUCCUGGUCAAACUGGAUCACGAGGGGGUGACUUCACCCAAGACGAAGAACAGCAAGGCCCUGCUGCUGCUGGGCGGUGGCUCUGGGUUCGGGGCCAAAGGCGUGGGCGGCCUCCCCAGGCCUGAGGCCUACUCCCACCCAGUCCUGCUGGUCAAGGACAACAGGAAGGGAGUUUCUGCCUCAAGGGCUGAGCUCCUCCUUAAGGGUGCCCCUCCUCCACAGAGGAAGGCUUCUCCCUCCCUGGCUAUUGGGGAGUACGGUGUCGGCGAGCUUGGUCUCAGCUGCCAUCGGGACUGCCACAGCUCCUACUCAGACCUGGACAACGAAGAGGAGGAGGAAGAGGAGGAGAGGAGGAGGAGAAGGGGGGCUGCGCUGGCCACAGCAGCCUCUGGAGGACUGAGGACGGCAGGAAGCUUUCUCUCGCGCCUCUCCGUCUCAUCCUCUUCCUCUGGUUCCUCAAGUUCGUCCAGCUCAGGCUCCAUGUCCAGUUCCAGCCUGUGCUCCUCGGAUAACGACUCGUCCUACAGCUCGGAGGAUGAGGAGAGCUCCACGCUGCUGCUACAGAGCUGCCUGUCCUCCCACCAUGGCCUGCUGCAGUCCCCUGAGCCCCCGGCUGCAGCCGGACCCCACCAGGGCCAACAGUCCUUCGUGGCCAAGGCUGUGGCCGUAUCCAACACCAAGGCAGGAGGAGCCACCAACGACCACAGUGCCAACAACAAGCUUCUCAAAAGGAAGGAGUGUAGCAGCUCGUCCCCCUCCAAACCCCCCAGAGACCUGGUGAAGAGGCAAAGGGUUAUCCCCGGUGAUGCAAGACCAAGACCCAAGAUGAACACGUUCCUACCGGGAAGACAGAUGUGGCGGUGGUCGGGGAACCCCACUCAGGUGAGACACGGGUUGAUCUUUCUAUGGUCAUUAAGUUUAUGCCAAUCUAUUCCUGCCCUAACCCUCUCACAAUCCUCCAUACAAUAUAUAAAUGUGACCCUAACCCUCUCACAAUCCUCCAUACAAUAGAUAAAUGUGACCCUA